AUGUCCCUCUACAACUUUGGUGGUGCUGUCUUCCCAGGAUGCUACUGGGGCAGCUUCGGCUACCCUCUGGGAUACAGCGUUGGCUGUGGCUUCGGCAGCACCUACUCCCCAGUGGGCUACGGCUUGGGCUACGGCUACAAUGGCUGCGGGGCUAACGGCUACAGAAGAUACUGGCCAUUUGCUCUCUACUGA